AUGAGACCAUUUUUCCAUCUCAGUGCCUGUCAGCUCACCCUGCUCUCCCUCGCCCUCCUCUGCCCCAUCCCACGGACCGUCACAUCAUACCCGGUCUCCCCCUCCGCCCUACUAGCCACAGUGGACGGACCUGAGCUGGAGUCUGCCCUCCUGUAUCUCCAGGCUGCUCUGGUGGACCUGAGGGAUGAUGGGCUUGUCCAGUCUGAGGCUUGGGCCAAGUGGCCUCAAGGCACUCUGCGAGCCUUGCUGGAACCUGUGCAGGAGGCGGAGGAGGUCGGAUCCUGGGAGGAGGAGGCGCUGCUGAGGGCCCAGAGAGGAGACCUGAUGGCCCGGCCCCUGUCCCCCUUCCCUGGGGGUCACUCCCUGGAAAACAUCUACUAUCAGGACGGAGGAAAUGGGGAGGACGGCGGGAAGAGGAACGAAGCUCUGACCUCCAUCGCCGGAGGGCUUCAAGCUGUCAGCCGGGAGAAAGGGGGAUUUGGUUUCCGCUUCGGGAGGAAAAGAUGGACUGACCGGGGAUGGAAGGAUGAAGGGAGGGGAGGCACAGAGGAGGACAAGUGGGACUGA